AAAGUCAGUGUGUUCAAAAUGGCAGACGGAAGCAGUACGGAGGAGUCGGUUCGGACGCAAUUUUCAGACACGAAUGAAAGAAACAAUGAAAAUGCGAGUGCGGAUGAAGUGAUCAUGAGUGACAGUGUGGUGACCGAUGAGAUAAUUGAUGUUACGAAUCACAGUGCCGAAAUUCACGAGGGAAUCACCGAGGACGAUUGCAGGAAGAAGAGAUGCGUCGACAGAUAUGACAGCUCAGAAUCGUCGGACAGUGGGGUGGCAGUUUUGAGUUGCACCGACUGCAGCGGCAGUAGCACUGCGUCCAGCGACAUCACCGACCCUGGAUCUCCGUUCAGCACCGGGUCAAAUCAUUCCGAGGAUUCGGGGGCGGGGGGGACGCAUAAAAUGCCCCCUGCGAAUUCGUCCCCCGACCACGGCAGCCACUGGCCCUGGACGACCACAAGUGCUACUACAGUUGCGCCUCCGGCUGUCAAAAGAGCCCUGGUUAAGGAGCUGACGGCAAGCAAGCGUUUGAAAAAGCAAGAGGAUACAGUGCCUAGUCCCAGUGAUAAAAUAAUAGUAAAUAAUAAUAACAUUCAGCAGAAAUUAUUACUUAAUAAUAGUAGUAGUAGUAAGAAAGUGAUAGAAGCCACUGCCAAGUUGCAACACCAAGGAAAAAUAACGGAAUAUUUCAAGUCUCAAAUAAAAGCGAAUGUGAUCAAAGAGAUGAAGCCCACCCCCAAAAUAACAACAAAUCUAGUCGACAAAAAUCGCAAGCCCAAACCUAGAACAAUCCCGCGCAAAAUCCUCCCCGCCCCUAGCAAAAUCCCCACGGAAAAAGUCCACGUCCCCAACCUUCCCAACCUAGGAAACUUCACCAACCACGUGACCCUCACCGCGGUGAGUUUCCCUUCCAAUUUGGCGUAUAUCCACACAAAGUCCCCAAAACCUCCCGACAGCCUGUUCGUUCCUCAGUUCACAAACAAAUUGAACACCAUACCUUGCCUGAACGUUCUACAACCCAUGCAGAAGAUAGCCACGUUGAACAAUUUUAAUUUAGGCGUGAAACUCAACGCGACAAUGGUGCCAAUUGUGAAACUAAACACCCUGCAUAACCCCCCGAUGGCUUCGGUACCGUUCAGCAUCGAAACUGCUGUACCAACCGUUCUCUCCGCAAAACCUAAAGUCCCCGAAGUUAACAACACUAACAUUAGUCUUAAGGCUUCGAAUAACAUCGUCAAACAUUUACCAGUUAGCGUGGUAGAUAAUCAGUGUAGAAAUGAAGAAAAGGAGGAACCUUAUAGAACCGAAGAGAGUCAGUGCAAAGACAACCUUAAACCUCCCAGUCCUGACUCUGAUAGUGGAAUAUCUUCAUCACCGAAAAACCUAUUGGAAAUUAGUAUCAAAGAUGACGAAGCUAUGGUUUUUCCAGAACAAAAAUCGCCCAUAUUAUCAAAACCCAAAAUAAUAAGGUUUCCUUGCAAAAGGGAUCCCAAGGAAGAAUUAAGAAAGGUUUCGAAGGUUCUGCAAGUGUCUCAGGAUGGUGUUUGUCGAUGGAAGGAAUGUCUUAGUUCAUUUAGCACCAGUGGGGCCUUAUUAGACCAUUUACAAAUAAAACAUGUGAUAUCUCAGACGGACCAAGAGCACUACGUGUGCUUCUGGACGGGCUGUAAGGUGCACGGUCGCACCUCCUGCUCUAGAUCAUGGUUGGAAAGGCACGUUUUAGCGCACGCCGGUACGAAACCGUUUAGGUGCAUAGUCGAUGGUUGCGGUCAACGAUUUAAUUCGCAGAUUAUGUUAGAGAGGCACGUAAAUGGGCACUUUAACACCGAUGGAACACCUAACACUAGUGCUAAGAAAACUACGGAAAAUGGUCCGGCAAAAAUGUUCAAAAGGAAUGGGAAAAAGAUCAGGUUUAGGAGGCAACCUUGGUCAGCGAGGAUGUUUGACUUUAUCGACAACGGUAUCAUGGAGGGUCUGCAGCAUAAGCUACUGACAAUGACGAAUCGCAGAACAUUGGGUAAAAUUGGCAAUGCCGGCGACACCGUGAACCUACAAAGCCAAAUAAUGGCGCGAAGAACUGACACGGAUGGCAGUAUAAAGAUUCUGGUGCGAUGGCACCCCCGUGACGUGAUCCUUGACGAGUGGGUGUGUGAAAAUGAGUACAAAACGACCAAAUUGGUGCCGAUACCGGUUUUAGACUCCUUCGCCAAAGACGCACUCAAACCUUCGUUGUUCCCCGAACCCCACGACUCCCAAAACGUCGUGUCCGGAGCGGGGAAGAGAAAAAAAAAUCGCCGCAAAUUUAUUAAUAAUCAAACGUGAUACAGCAAUCUUUAAAUUAUAGAUUCUAACUUAGCAGUUAAUUAAGAUGAGCCUUUGUAAUAUUAGACUUAAAUUAAGCACAUUUUGCCUGAAAGAGCUCUAAAACGGAAUAAGUUUUGACGAUGGUAGCCAAAAUAAGUAUAUACUCCAUUACAGUUUAAUUUUCCGGGUGUACAGUAAAAAAUACGGAAUUUUUAUGGGCCCAUUUAUUUAUUUAGUUAGUAUACCCUAAAAAUUUCAUCAAAAUCCACCAACUCUUAUAGAAGUUACAGACCUUUAAAGUUGAGCCUUAAGGUUAACCCCAUGGUGCUAAGUUUUAAGGCCCUGUAACUUCCACAAAAAUAAUAGGAUUUUAAUUAAAUUUUUGGAGAAUAUCAAUAAAAGCACACUUUUUAAGAAGGCAUUAACAGAUUCACAAAAAUUUUUAAAUAAUCGUUUUAUUCGUUAGGGUGUUAACAUACUUACUUUGGCGACUAUAUAUGGACUGUCUCAAGUAGAUUUGGGACACUCUGUACAGCGAUAGCAAAGGUUCAUGUUUGUGAAUAUGUAACUAGGAUGUACUGUGUAAAAAUUAGCAGAGAUUGGCUUACAAAAAUGGGAAAGAAAACGUUCUAAAACCCUGUGCAAUUCCGGACUAUUUUUUUACAUUGUGCAAUUGAAAUUAAUAAUCAAAACAUUCUAAAACAAUUUUAGGACGUUUUCUUUUUUGUUAGCGAUAGUUUUGACAAGUCUUUCAUCCAUGUGUAUAGAUUGUUUGAUUGUGUAAAAUAGCUAAAAAAAAGUAUUGUAUAGUAUAACAUAAGAAAGGACUUCGAAGGAGACCGAUACGACCAGCGUUUAAAAAACACUGCCACUUAAGCAACCGCGUUUAAAACCUAGUUAUUUUUUAACUAGUGUGUAAUAAUGGGUUCUUAAUUUUUUUUAAACGACUUUAUUAGUAAUUAAUCCAUAUUUAUAGGGUUAUAUAUUUGUGUGUUCAGCAAUAUUAUAGGGCAAUUUUUUUAACUUCAAGUUUGCCAUUUUGGACCUAAUUUUGCCCUGUAUUAUUUUGCACUAUCCUAGGUAAUUUUUUUAAAAUUUUAACAUUCCCAAAAAUGUACUAAACAACAUUAAAAGUCACUGCCAAAAGUACUGCCUAGAAAAGCCAUGACAAUUUUUUAUUUAAUUUGUUUUAUUGAAAGAAAUAUAGUUAGUGCCAUUCACUGCUUUUAUCUUAAUUUAUCGUAUUGAAUUAUAAAAAACAUGGAGUGAAUUUUACUGUUCAAAAAUUUUGAUCUCUACUGUUUAAAUUACAGGACUUAAGGGGGGUUCCGCGUACAAAUGUAAGGAAGCACCCUUAAGGAUUUUCAUGUUUCACGUCAUUAAUAGUACUUAAUAUCAUCUAGAUGAAAAGAAAACUAAAUUUUAUGUUAUAUUUUUAUAGCUGUAUUGUAGUUUACCCUAAAAAUUUAAUUUUUUUCAUUUUUUUAAAGCUCUGUAAGUCCUAUACCCUAAAAAAUUAUUAAAAAUGGCCAAAAUUUUAAUUCAAUUUUAUGGAGCUCAACUAGGAUUUUUUAAACCUCUAGCUCCUAAAUUUUUGGGGUAUACUAACAAAAGUAUGCUGCUUUGAAUUAAGUUAUUUAGGCCCUAAAAACAUGAACUCAAGAUUUAAGCCCAGGUUUCUUGUAACUUCUGCUUCUACUUUUAGGGUAUAAUUCAGUGUUACCAGAUUCUGUCAAAAAAAGACCGUACGUUUCGUUCGAAUUUACCUUAAUUAC